AUGUCGUCGAGGCCGCCUCUGCUUUCACGUCGUGCGGGAUUACAUACAAAGCCCGACCUGGGGAGGAAGGGGCGGACCCCUGACCCCAAAGAACGCACGCGCCACCCGGAAUGUGAAUCGGAGUUUAAAAUUUCAGUUCACCCUUUGCCCGCCUGCUGCACAUUUUCUUGUCUUCGUGUUCAACACCUCCUUGAACGACAAUACCCUUUGCCUCCCGUUUCCCAAUCCUCAAUCAUGCGUGAGAUCGUCCACCUGCAGACCGGCCAGUGCGGUAACCAAAUCGGUGCUAAGUUCUGGGAAGUUGUCUCUGACGAGCACGGUAUUGAGCGGGAUGGUCUCUACAAGGGAAACAACGAUCUCCAACUAGAACGUAUCUCCGUCUACUACAACGAGAUCGGUGCCAACAAGUACGUUCCUCGCGCCGUCUUGAUCGAUCUCGAGCCCGGAACCAUGGACUCUGUGCGAUCGGGUCCUCUCGGUGGCCUUUUCCGCCCCGACAACUUUGUCUUCGGUCAGAGUGGUGCUGGAAACAACUGGGCGAAAGGACAUUACACCGAAGGUGCUGAGCUCGUCGAUGCCGUUCUUGAUGUUGUUCGCAAGGAGGCCGAGGGUACCGACUGCCUUCAAGGUUUCCAGAUCACUCAUUCACUUGGUGGUGGUACUGGUGCUGGUAUGGGUACCCUCCUCAUCUCCAAGAUUCGUGAGGAGUACCCCGAUCGUAUGAUGUGCACGUACUCCGUUGUGCCCAGUCCUAAGGUAUCGGAUACCGUUGUCGAGCCCUACAACGCCACCCUCUCCGUCCACCAGCUUGUCGAGAACUCUGAUGAGACUUUCUGCAUUGAUAACGAGGCUCUCUACGAUAUCUGCUUCAGGACACUCAAGCUCUCGACACCGACAUACGGUGACCUGAACCAUCUCGUUUCGAUUGUCAUGUCCGGUAUCACCACUUGCUUGCGUUUCCCUGGUCAAUUGAACUCUGACCUAAGGAAGCUUGCUGUCAACCUGGUUCCCUUCCCUCGUCUCCACUUCUUCAUGACUGGUUUCGCUCCUCUCACCGCCCGCGGCAGCCAACAGUACCGCGCCGUCACCGUCCCCGAACUCACUCAACAAAUGUUCGAUGCCAAGAACAUGAUGGCUGCCUCAGACCCCCGUCAUGGUCGUUACCUCACUGCUGCUGCUGUGUUCCGUGGCAAGGUCUCGAUGAAGGAGGUUGAGGAGCAAAUGCAGAACGUUCAGAACAAGAACUCCGCUUACUUCGUCGAGUGGAUUCCCAACAAUGUCCUUACCGCUCAGUGCGACAUUCCCCCUCGUGGACUGAAGAUGGCCGUCACUUUCUUGGGUAACUCAACCGCCAUCCAAGAGCUUUUCAAGCGUGUCAGCGAUCAAUUCACUGCCAUGUUCAAGAGGAAGGCCUUCCUGCAUUGGUACACCCAGGAGGGUAUGGACGAGAUGGAGUUCACGGAAGCCGAGUCGAACAUGCAGGAUCUUGUCGCCGAGUACCAGCAAUACCAGGAUGCCACCGUCGAGGAGGAGGUCGAGUACGAGGAAGAGCCCCCCGAGGAUGAGCAGUAA